AUCUAUCUUGGUACUCCCACAAAUGAAAGAGCAUUCGACCUUUUACGAGGCCCACGCGAUGAUUCCGAAAUUACAAGAAGACAUCGCCUGUGCAUGGAUGCACUCCGAUUUGCUUUGGAAUUCCGGAGAAUUCUCAGCUUAGGCUCUGCAGUAAUUCAUGACGGCGCUGCUAUGAUGUUUUCCUCGGAAAAUCUUAGCGCUGCACUGAAAGAGCACAGUGGGGUUCUCAUGUUGCACAAAAAGGAUUUGCCACCGGGAAUAAGAAAGCUGAUUUACCAAGUGGACGUCGAUACAAUUACGAUCCAGAUUACACCAUGUCAGUCAGCAGCUGCCUCUUUUGAUAUGGCAGAUUUACAUGCACAGGGAAAUCGAAAUUGGGCUACACUUGAUCGUUCUUGGAAGCAAUUCUAUGAACUAAUUACUAAUCAGGAUGCUGUGAUGAGGUAA